UGGGCUAAACACUUUUACCAAGGACAAAACAAAUUGACAUUUUAGAAAACAAAAUAACAUUUUAGAAACCAAAAUAACAAGACGCAAAACACUUUUACCAGUCCCGAAACAAAUUUACAAAUGAUAGAUUCUUCACGGAAAGGGAAUGUACCACAUACCGGAAGUGACUAGGUGAAAGCGGGUGAUUGUCGUAUGAAGUUGAAUUAAGUUUUUGGUGACUGAACAUGGACUCCGGCCGAGGAAUGUUUUGCCCGUUUUGUGGCAAACACAUGACCAGCUUAACGUGGUUCUGCUUUGCGUGUGGUCGUUGUUUGGAGUUUUUAAAAGACGUGGACCAGACAGAAAAACCAAACAUAAUGCAUCACUGCGUUCAAUAUUUUAACGAGGGCCACUCGUACGCUGUAAUCGUGGACAUGAUGUCAAGUCUACACGGUGUAAACAUCAGCUUGAGGACUCUUAAAAGUAAACUGAACGAAGCCGGGUUGUACCGCAGGAAGGAUUAUUCCUCUCCAAAUGCCGUGCGUAACGCCAUCAGAUCUGAACUUCGUGGACCUGGACAACUGUUUGGUUACCGCUCGAUGUGGCAAGUACUUAAACAAAAGUACAAUCUUCGAGUGAAGAGAGAUGAUGUGAUGAAUUUCCUCCGGGAGCUUAAUCCUCGAGGGUGUGAGAACAGAGCACGCAGGAGGUUUACAAGAAGAACCUAUCACUCAAUGGGACCUAACUAUAUGUGGCACGCAGAUGGUUAUGACAAACUUAAGCCAUUCGGUUUGGCCAUUUCGGGAUGCAUAGAUGGAUUUUCACGUAAAGUAUGGUGGCUUGAAUGUGGACCUACAAAUAACAACCCAACAGUGAUUGCUCACUAUUUCAUGUCAUGUGUGCGAAACCUCGGAGUCAUCCCCAUGAGACUGAGGACUGAUUGCGGCACUGAGAAUGGAAUAAUGGCUGCAAUUCAAUGUACCCUACGCCACCAUCACAGUGACUACUACUCUGGAGCGUCCAGCCACAUGUACGGCUCAUCUAUGAAUAACCAGCGUAUUGAGUCCUGGUGGUCUAUAUUUAGAAAGGGAAGGUCUCAGUUCUGGAUGGAGUUAUUUGCAGACCUUAGAGAUGCUGGAUACUUCAACGGGAGCCAUGAGCAUCAGUGCCUAUUGAGGUAUUGCUUCGGUGACGUUCUUCAGAAGGACCUGGAUGAGUGUGUGAAACUGUGGAACAGUCACAGGAUUCGCCCUUCCAGAACAGCAGCAUGUCCAGGAGGAGUGCCCCAUGAACUCUACUACUUACCACACAGGUUUGGCUCCAGAGACUGUGGAUUUCGAAUUGAACAGGCUGAACUGGAUGCCCUUCCUGAGGCUAGCCUGUCAAUGACUCCUUGUGGGGACCCACACAUGCAGGAGUACCUGGACUCUGCCAUGGAACACAGUCAGUUACAGAAGCCUGAGAACUGGGAGUCUGCAUCAGAACUGUACAUGAGACUAAAAGAAAUGGCUCAUCUAUGAAAUGAUCAAAGUUUUUUUCUUUAGUGGUGAAACACUGAAUUGUGUUCAGACAGGCAGCAGUGUAUAAGUGUAUUACAUUUAAUAUAAAUA